AUGAGAAAGGACAGAUUAUUGCCAACAAAGCUAGACAUUUACAUGCAAAUUAAAGGGUUAGACUUUGAUGAGACUUUUGCUCCCGUUGCAUGGUUGCUUUUGUCAAUUGUGUUCCAUCUCAGGUUCAAGCUACAUCAAAUGGACGUCAAGAGUGCCUUCUUAAAUGGCGUUAUACAGGAGGAAGUUUAUGUUGAAUAG